AUGCUUUCAAACUUCUUGUUACUGUUGUUCAUUUGUAUACUAAUUUCAUCCUUCAUUUUCACUACUCAUUCUUACAAUAACAAAUGUCUUCGUCAUCAGGAAAUCUUGUUGCUUCAACUCAAGCAUGAGUUGAUCUUCGAUUCCUCUCUUUCAACAAAACUGGCGCGAUGGAAUGAAAGUGGCGAGUGCUGCAAGUGGCACGGUGUGGAAUGUGAUGCUUCUGGCCACGUCGUUAGUCUGCAGAUCGAUGGAGAGGCCAUUUAUGGUGGAAUUUGGGAGUCGUCGAGUCUCUUCAAAAUUAAAUAUCUGCAGAAGCUUAACCUCGCCUUCAAUUAUCUAGACUUGAACUACCCUCACGUUCUCAUUCCCAUUCCAAAAAGUAUUGGCAAUCUGACUUAUUUGACACAUUUGAAUUUGUCACAUGCUGGUUUUGGUGGGCAGAUUCCUUCUGAAAUUUUAUCCUUGACGAGACUGGCUACUCUUGAUAUCUCCACCGGUGCUCAAGGUCCUGAGAAGCGAAAUAUGGAGAUACCACCGACGUUGCCUAGUCUCAAGAUCCCCACCGUUGCUCUAAGUCUUGAGAAGCCAAAUUUGGAGAUGCUUUUCCAAAAUCAUACAGAGCUUAGAGAGCUCUAUCUUGAUUGGGUCAUUAUCACUUCCAUUCAUGAAAGGAAGAACUGGAGCCGCAUUAAAUCAUCAUAUUUACCCAACCUCACCUCUUUGAGCUUGGUUGGUUGUGGUCUUCAUGACCCUUUUCCUAAAUCCUUUUGGCAACUUCAUUCCCUUUCUAUUCUUCAACUAGAUCAGAAUGAUCUUUCAGCAGUAUCACUCCUUGACUUGUUCACCAAUUUUCCGAGUCUGACCACCUUGACUCUUUCUAGCUGCGGUUUGAAGGGUUCAAUUCCAUCCACCUUUGCUAACCUAACCAAGCUGACUCAUGUCGAUUUGUCAUAUAACUUAUUUAAGAGCUCUAUCCCAUCAACCAUUGCUAACCUAACAAAGCUGAUUUAUGUUGAUUUGUCAUAUAACUUUUUGAAGGGUCAUAUCCCAUCAACCUUUGCUAACCUAACAAAGCUGAUUCAUGUCGAUUUGUCAACCAACUUAUUGACAUGCUCACUUUCUCCUGCGAUAUUUGAAGGCCUUUGCAAUCUUGUUCAUCUUCAUUUGGGGUUUAAUUUUUUCUCGGGCUAUGUUCCCCGCUCUCUGUUUGGUCUCCCUUCAUUGGUGGGACUUCAACUUGGAUCCAACCAAUUUAAUGGUACUUUUCAACUUGACAACUUGAGAAGCCUUCCCAAUCUCACAUUCCUUGAUCUAUCUACCUUCUUAGUAGAUAUUGGCAAUGUCAAUUCAAGUUCAUAUGGAGGGAAGAUCCCAAAGUCCAUUGAACAUUGCAAGGGGUUGAUGUACAUGAAUGUUGGCAACAACAUGAUCAACGACACGUUCCCAUGCAUGCUAUCGUCGACCUUGAAUGUUCUUGUUUUGCACUCCAAUAGAUUCCAUGGGGAUUUAAGAUGUCACAGCAUUUGGCCAGGUCUCAGAAUUCUGGAUAUAUCUUCAAAUCAUUUUAGUGAAAGUCUGGAAUCAAUCUACUUCUCCAGUUGGACGGCUAUGGUAGUACCAAGUGCUGAAAGAUUGCCACAGGGCAGCAGCAGCAAUGAAUCGAGUUAG